AUGUGGCCGUUCCGAGUCAGUCUCGUUAUGGCACUGGCCGCUGGUCUUGGAACACAUGCCACGGAACACCCAGUGCAUCGCAGUCAUCAGAUGCCGAUGGGAGGCAGCGACCAGCGACCGGCCAAGGUUGAGUACAGAUGCUAUGCCGGAGACUUGCAGAAUUACCCGUCUCCAGCUGAGUGGCUAUCCUGGGACAUGCUCUGGGACCUCAACCGCGAACAGAUUCUAUCAAGCAACCGAGGUGACACAUACUUGCAGCACUACGUCCAGGAAAGCAUUCUCCAGGUUGCCAGAGAUGCUGAUGUGGAUCCUCGCUUCAUCUUAGCAGUGGUAAUGCAAGAGUCGAAAGGCUUUGCGGACACUGAGUGUGUUGGCACUACACCACGAUGCGGCAUCAUGCAUGCUCCAAAGGGUAGCAGGUUUGACCAGUCGGACGCCAGAUUUUCGGUCGAGAGAAUGAUCCGAGACGGAGUCCAAGGGACUGCGAAGAGAGGUCCUGGACUUGCUGACCUGCUGAAAGGCAGGCCGAGACUCGCAAACGUGCCGUCUGGGAACUGGUAUGCGCUAGCCAGGGCGUACAAUUCUGGUGCCGUAGGAAAAUACCUGGACGUGGUCAGUCGCGGUCAGCCUGGCUAUGUCAAUGAUAUUGCCAACAGAUUGCAGGGCUGGAAUGGUUUGUGGACAGGGCACAAGACGUGUGGAUGA